AUGCCUCAAUUCGUCAGCACACAGUGCCUCGAGCCUCAUUUCCUUCGCAAUGUCCUAGAUGUUCUGAUCAUUGGGACGCGGACGCCUGGUCUCUCUGCGGCCAUGGCUCUUGGUCGUGCGCGAAGGAGUGCCAUCGUUUUCGAUGUCGACGAUUGUGGAGGCAGACUCCAUGAGACUUCAAGCCAAAGGAUCUCAAAAUCGGUCCAGGAAGAGACUGUAGCUGAGAUCAAAGCCAAAUUCAAGACAAUCAUGUUUGGCCGCGCAACAGCUGCGUCUGUUCGCAAGAAGGGCAUGAUCUUCGAAGUGGAAGACGUUACAGGUCAGUGUUGGAAGGGAAGAAAGGUGAUAUUGGCCAUGGCUAGCCGCGAUAGUCUUCCAGAUAUCCCAGGAUACGAAGAAGCUUGGGGGAAGAACAUUUUCGAUGUUUCGCAAUGCCUCGAUAUUAGUAAAAGGGCUACUCCGCAUGCUGCUGUGCUCGUCACAUCCGACUCUUCGAGUUCUAUUGAGGCAGCGGUGCUGUCGGCUCAUCUCACCCGGCAGUUCAGUCCCGAUAUAACAUUCCUUACCAACGGCCUUUCACAUGUUGAGUACCAUCCGCACAUAAUAGGGGCAAACAACGCUGGCUUCAAAAUAGAUAACAGGCCCAUCACAUCAUUGGAGAGUUCGAAAACUUCGGUCGUUGUCCAGUUCGCCGAUGGGGCAGAAUCAGUGUACGGCUUGCUUGCGCAUAAGCCCAGAACGGUUAUCAACGGGCCCUUUUCAGAACAAUUAGAUCUGGAAAUGACAUCUGAAGGGAGAAUUUUAGUAGAAAAUGAGUUUCAAGAGACAAGCACGCGUGGGAUUUUCGCGGUUGGUGACAGUGCCAGCUUUCUCAACGAAGAGAGCGCUGGGGCUAGUGCUGGAUGGGUGGCUGGGGUUGGUGCAAACUUGCAAAUUGCCGAGGAUGAUAUGAUUAUGUAG